UUUUCUGUUACCAUCAUAGCUGAAUGUUAUGUGUGUGUCAUUUGUUAAUACUUUUUUCUUUUCUUUGUUGCUGCAGAUACUUCAAGACUUCAGCCUCCUCUUUGGACCAGAAAUAUCUGCCAGACUGCUGGAGAAGUGGCAUACCUCCUAUAAAGGAAAGGUGAUCAGAGAAGCAGAGUGCCUUACUUCCACCCCAGUGCUCCAGAGUUUGCUGAAGUCUGCUAAGAAUCAGUACAGUGAGGAAUCAUCUGAGGACCAUCCAGGAUGGGACAGUGAUGUGGCAUCUUUCCUACUGCUCUUGCAUAUCCUACCACCUCAGCCUGUGAAAAAUAAAUCACUGAAGAUCAGCGCAUCCCAGGCCAUGGGACACUUAUGCCGCUUUUCCACCGCACAUGUAGCUCGACUCGACUCGACUCGACUCGACUCGACUCGACACGACACGACACGACUCGACACGACUCGACACGGUAGCAGCACGGGUCGUUUUCCACCGCAAAUAGUACCUCCUGGACGUGGGCGGGGUCGGCUGCGCGAAAGGGCCGUGACGUAUUUUUGUACGCAACGCAAACAACACCUACGCAACCCACACAUGGACAGAACCCACAUAACAACAAUGGAGGACAUCGAUAACAUUACUAUUAUUAGCUGGCAUGUUGAAGAAGUUGAAGAAGUGGAAUAUGUUGGCUGCAGCGCUGCUAUGGCUGUUACCAGCAUGGUUGCCAUGCCGCUCUCGUGACUUCGUCACACUCUCUGGCCAAUCAGUGGCCGGCCGUCUGCCGACGUCACCUUUUAGCAUCGGCUCAGCCGCUUGGAACCUAGAGCGAGGCGGUACUAGAAAAAGCAGCCACUUCAGGUACCAGAUACCAUGUUUUCGCGGUGGAAACGCAAAAAAUGCGAGCUGAGUCGAGUCGAGCUGGUACCAUGCAGUGGAAAAGCGGCAUAAGUUGUGUUUCACAAGGUAUGUAUUGGGCCACAGUAGGUGUGUAUGUCAGACUAAAAGCACAAACAUGUGAUGACAUGACAUUCUCACCCCCACCGCAGUCCUGCAGGAGCUUUGAAGAACACCUACAGAGCUGCCAGGAGAGCCAUCAGCAGCCAUACCUUCUGGCUUCUGGGACCAGCAAGCAGGCCAUCAGCUCGUUCUACAUUGUGAUGGAUAAGAAGCUCAUCCCCUGCCAGGGAACCACAUCAUUGGCAGCCCUCGACAAGCUUUUUAAGGUGCAUUUUGUCUUCAGUGUAAGCUAUGCUGAUGCUCUCAAUAACCUGUACACAUUUAUCCAGACAACAGUCUAUGGUAUUGAUGUGGAAACCACCAAAGAAAGCCCAAAGGUGAAAGAAUUAAGAGCCAAGUUCAUGAACAGGAGCUAAGAGCCAUGUUCAACAAAUUCCAGGUGUCAUAUUUGUUUACCAAUGUAUUAUAUCCUGGAGAAGGUUUCAUGUAUGUGUGCGCAGUUAACAAAAAGCUUAAAGACAAAGACGUUGGCCCACAUUCAUGAAUAGGAGUUCAGAGCAAAUUUCUUAAAAUGUAUAAGUGUCACAUUUGUAGAUUGGUGCAUGAUGCACCUAGUGCAUUAAUUCAGCACCUUAAGUUUUUUCAUGGAUUAUAUCCUGGCAAAAACGUUGUUCUUUUGUGUGCUCAAGAAGGAUGUUCACUGCAGUUUAAAAGUUUUGCAGGUUUUCGAAAGCAUUUAAAUAGUUGUCAUAGCACUUUUAACAUGGGCCCAAGCAAUGAUAUCAAUGUGCAAACACCACAUCAGUCAGACUUAAGCGACCCUAUCUCACAAGAUGCCUCUGAUAUGGACGUGGAUCUGAUAAAUCAACCCUCUACAUCUCGUAUGCCAAAAGACCAGGCAAAAGAAAUGUGUGCUUCAAUCAUAGCAAAGUUAGUGGGAAGUGGUGUUGCUAACAAUGUUGUAUCAUCUGUUGUUGAAAGCAUGGAGGAGUAUGUCAAUGAGGUUCAUGAAAAUCUUAAAGAACAAGUGUUGAGUGCUGUGCCUGAUACAAAUCCCAGUAGAAGUGCAGUGGAGGAUGUCUUCAGUAAAAGUUACAAUCCAUUUACAGAUUUAAACACUAACUCUAAAUGGAUAAAGUAUUUUGCUGAGAAAUGGGGUGUUGUUGAACCGGUGGAAAUUCAUUUAGGAGUAAGAUAUGAUUCAAAGAGAAACAAAGUAUCUGGAAAAUAUGAGCAGGUACCAGUAAAUGACACUUUCAUUUAUGUUCCCCUUUUAAAAAUAUUAGAUUUUAUUUUUUAGAAAUGAACAAGUCUGUCAAGAAAUUAAUAAAUCGGCUGCUCAAAGUGAUUUAUACCAAGAUUUCUGUGAUGGCAAAUACUUUAAGCAACACCCAUUAUUUUCAAGAUCAAAAAAUGCUUUGCAAAUUCAAGUUUAUUAUGAUGACUUCGAAACAUCUAAUCCCCUCGGGUCAAAACAAGGCAUCCAUAAACUUGGAUGUUUAUAUUUUACAGUCCGCAAUUUACCACCACGUCAGAAUUCAUGUUUGAUGAAUAUUCAUCUAAUUUCUUUGUUUCAUUCCCAAGAUGCAAAAAAAUAUGGCCUUGACAAAAUGCUAAGUCCAUUUGUAGAAGAUGUAAAAGUCUUGGAACAAAAGGGAAUGAAAGUGUCAUUUAUGGAACAGCCUCUCUAUGGUACCAUUUCACAAAUAACGGGUGACAAUUUAGGUCUGAACUCAAUUCUUGGUUUUGUUGAAUCUUUUUCUGCAAACUACUACUGCAGGAUGUGUCUUAUUGACAAAGCAUCAGCUCAAACAGUGUUUAGUGAAAACUAUCCACGUGUGACUUUACGCACCAAAUUAACAAAUGAGGAGCAUUACAGUUAUCUAAUGGAAAAUCCAAGAGAAAAUUCAUGCUUUGGGAUUAAACGUAAUAGCAUACUCAAUACCUUGGCAUACUUCAGUGUAUCAGAUAACUUUGUGUUUGACAUUAUGCAUGAUAUCUUAGAAGGCGUCGCACAGUAUGAAGUUAAGUUGCUGUUUGAAUAUUUGAAUCGUAAUUUUAUUUCCAUUGAAAAUAUACUUCAACGUGUAUAUGCAUUCAACUAUGGCUUUAUGGAUAAAAAGAAUCGUCCAACACGCAUUAACAUGUUUUGCAUUGGCAACAGUAUCGGGCUUAAUGCUAGUCAAACAUUAUGCCUCAUUCGGAACCUCCCAUUAAUUUUUGGUGAUGUUGUCCCAGAAGGUGACAGACACUGGCAUCUGUUGAUAAUAUUGUUGCAUAUCAUUAACAUUGUAUUUUCCCCAUGCAUUACUGAGGGAAUGACAGUAUUUUUACAACAUCUCAUUGAAGACCAUCAUCGGUUAUUUAAAGAUUUGUAUCCUCAAAAUAAUUUAAUCCCAAAACAUCACUUCAUGAUACAUUACGCUGGGUGUAUACGCAAAAUUGGUCCUUUAUUGCAUGUUUGGAGUAUGAGAUACAAAGCCAAACAUAAAUUCUUCAAGUCUAGCAUUAAAAAAAAAAAGAAAAAAAAAAAAAAGUCUCUUGCCAAAAAACACCAAAUAGCUGUAGCCUAUCACUGGGAGUCGCUGUCUGCCAAAGGUAUUGAGUCUGGGCCUGUCAAAACAAAAAUACUGACUGAUGUUGAAAAUGGUGAUUUGAUUUCAGAACACUUUCAGAUUGAUUUAUUAAGUGAGAUAAAUGUCACAACUUAUGUAAACCAUAAUGGUGCUGAAUAGCACACAGGUCUUGUCGUUUGUACAGAUUUUGUUCAUGAAAUGCCAGUGUUCAGCAAAAUUGUUGGCAUAUUUCUGAGAAAUGAAGUUUAUUUUUUGGUGUCAGAACAUUUUCAUGCUUUUCGUGUUGUUGAUCAAGUGCAUAAUGUUUCAAUUGUUAGACCUCAGGAGCUACGAUACUUUAAGCCCUUUGAUGUCCAAAUGUCUUAUGGUACAGACUAAUUUUUCUAUGUUGUACCAGAUGGCUGCAUUGUCUAAGGUAAGCAGCAGAGCUGCCUCAUGUCUUUAAUAUAUUUUUGUACAAGGUCACUGCUGUCUUUUUGUGCCUUGUUUGUCUGAAAGCAUGGGCAAAUAAAAUCUUUUCAUGACAGUAACUGUAUUUGGAGUGUUUACUGUAAAUGCAUGGUGGGAGGGCUAGACUUUUAUUGUACAAUCCAAGUAUAAUUGUGUAAA